AUGGGAGCCUACAAGUACUUGGAAGAGCUGUGGAAGCGUAAACAGUCGGAUGUGCUGCGCUUUUUGCUGCGUGUGCGUGCGUGGGAGUACCGUCAGCUGCCGGUGAUCCACCGCGUGAAUGGUCCCACCCGCGUGGACAAGGCUCGUCGUCUUGGCUACAAAGCUAAGCAGGGCUACGUGAUCGUACGUGUGGCUGUGCGUCGUGGUGGCCGUAAGCGCCCGAACUCCAAGGGUAUUGUCUACGGUAAGCCCAAGCACCACGGUAUCAACGAGCUCAAGUUCGAACGCAACCUGCGCUCGGUGGCUGAAGAGCGUGCGGGCAACAAGUUCACGAACUUGCGUGUGCUCAACUCGUACUGGGUGAACCAGGACGCGACGUACAAGUACUUUGAGAUCAUUAUGGUGGACCACUCGCACAAGGUCAUUCGUCGUGACCCGCGCAUCAACUGGAUCGUCAAUGCGGUGCACAAGGGACGCCAGCAGCGUGGGCUUACGUCGGCCGGUCGCCAAGGCCGUGGUCUGCGCAAACGCGGCCAUCGCGCCAACAAGAUCAUUGGGUCCUCGUUCCGCCAGAACUGGAAGCGUCGCAACACGCUGUCGCUGCGUCGCUACCGUUCGUAG